AUGGCUAAGCAGACCGCCGUUUCUACGAGGACCAGAGGAGAGCUGGCCGAGAUCGAGCGAGGACUGAAUUCCUCCGACGACCGACGACGAGGAAAUGAAAUCUAUAAUCGACUGGUGAGGACGACUGCGUUGGCGCUCAGAUUUGUUCGAAGAUACCGUGGAAUACGUCGCGAUGAAGAGGUCUACGGAUUGACUGCGAUGGACUGCGCUGAAGCAGAGCGCGCAUUGAUACGGCAGUUGCAGCGAGAAGCGUUUGCUGAGGACAGCCAAGGAAACGUCGCCAAGGACAGCCGACUGCACGGACUGUCCCCAUACCUUGACGAGGACGGAGUAUUGAGAGCCAGUGGAAGGAUCGACGACGCGACGUGUGUGCCAUACAACGCACGUCGGCUGAUUAUACUGUCUCACGAGGAGGCGCUGGCAGAGAUGAUCGUGCAGCAACACCACGAAAAGAUGUGCCACCAAAACGCGGAGGCGACGAUCGGAUCGAUUCGGUACAAGUUCUGGAUAACGAACUUGCGGAGACUGCUACGGAGGGUGGUGAGCAAAUGCAACGUUUGCAAGCUGCGGAAGGCACGACCCACACAGCCCGAGAUGGGCCCCCUGCCUGCGGAUCGGCUAGAGGCCAACGGAUGGCCAUUUCUUUGUGACAAUUGGACGUCGCACAGAGAAGAGAUGGCUCACGAUUUGUCCACCGACUCCUGCAUAAUCGCCAUAAGGAACUUCAUGAGCCGCCGUGGACCAGUGGUCAGGAUAAGGAGCGACAAUGGGAAGAACUUCGUUGGAGCCGACCGCGAGGCCAAGAGGUUCAGCGAAGUGUUCGAGCCUGCACAGAUCCAGGGCGAGCUGUCGUCUAAGGGAGUCGAAUGGAUCUUCAACUGCCCGGCGAACCCAGCUGAAGGCGGUGCCUGGGAGAGGAUGGUGCAGUGCGUGAAGAAGGUGCUGGCGCACACAAUGAAGGAGCUCGCGCCCAAGGAGUAUAAACUGGAGAACCUGCUGAUUGAGGCGGAGAGCAUGGUAAACUCUCGUCCGCUCACUCAUCUACCGGUGACGGUGGACCAGGAGGCUCCACUAACGCCUAACGAUUUGCUGAAAGGAGCAUCGGAUAUCCCAGAUCUCCCCAAGGAUGAUGGACAGGAGCCCAAGCGUUGGGUGCAUGAGUACCUGCCAACUCUUGUGCGCAGGGAGAAAUGGUGCAAGCGCGUCGAGCCCAUCCGUCGAGGAGACCUGGUAUUCAUCUGCGAUCCAGCCAUACCACGAAGGGAAUGGAAACGAGGCGUCGUGGAAGAGGUGUUCACCGGAAAGGAUGGACUACCUCGUCGAGCAGCGGUGCGGAUUACCGAUCGAGCCAAGACGACUAUGCGUCCCGCUUCGAAGCUAGCUGUCCUGGACGUGGUGAAUGCGGCUGCUUCACGGGAGUGGGGAUGUCGCGGAACGAACUAG